GCCCAUCAAAAAGACUUCUCCUGGAAACGCAGGAUGUACCUAAGGGGCGGCACAGGCAAGAUUGUUUUUAUUAAGGUGCCCAGAAAGCAGUGCCAACCCUUAACAAAUCAGCAAGGACCCCAUCCCGGCCAACCCCAACCUCCACAAGCAGCCAGCACCAGUACCAGUACCAGUGGUGUAGGUACACAUCAGCAAGAACCCCAUCCCGUCCAACCCCAACCCCCUCGACCAGCCAGCACCAGUACCAGUAUUGUAGGUAAUACACCACAAGCAAAUAGACCUAGAGGCAGGCAGUCCAGAGACCCACCUAUUUCAGAUAGAUUGGACACAAUAAAUACAGAUGUUCUUACUGUCCUCAAUGCAAUCAAUGCCAACAUGGAAGGAAUAAUAGGGGUCUUAACAUACUUAACUGAUGCAUUUAUACGUUAUAUAAACAGGACACAAUAAAAUUUUUUUAAUAAAAAA